GGGCUGCCCUGCCCUGCCCUGCCCUGCCCUGCCCUGCCAGAGCCGCUAGUGCGGGAGCCUCUCCUUCGCUCCCAGCGCUGCCAGCCACGGCGAGCUUAAAGCAGUAAGUCCGCUGUUAUUACAGAUGGAAAUUAGAUGCAAAUGCGUAAUUUCCAACUUCAAGCCUUUAGGAAACCACCCAUGUCGGACCAGCUGCUGUUCUACACACGCCAGUUGUUUCUCUCCGUAGUUAAUUUUACCACAAACAUUUAGGCGCGUGCCAUCCCGGUACAACGUGUGCCUGACUCAGGAUUCAGGCCAAAUCUCGAUGGAGUGCUGGCAGACGCUGGUUUUUCUGGGAAUGCAGCACAGAUGAUCACAGAACUCACCUUCUGCACGGCCCCGGCAGCAGCUGCCCUGUCGCCGGCGUUCUGACCUGGGGACAUGGAGCCCGGAAUGUUGCUCAUUCCAUUUAAAGACCCCGCUCUCUGCUGAGCUGCUGGAGGAGUUGUCAGUUAUUUACAUCCCCAGCUGACAGGUUUUUGCGCAGGUAACUUUGACAGGCAUUGACUCUUGUCUUGUUUUGUUCCCUGUCCUACCUCCACCUCAACACUCGCAGAGCUGUGCCUGCACUUUGCUGUUCACCACUGCCCUGCUCUACACAGCCAUGCUGGCAGCCUCCACAUCAAGUUAAUGUUCCCGUGCCUUAAAAAAGGUCAAGGAGAAACCCCAGAGUGAUAAAAGGCAAAAAGCUGAUACAUGCAGUUUGGAAGUCUAAUCAAAAUAAAUUGUAAACCUACAUAGUAAUUAUGUCAAUCUUUAAAGGAGCAAGUAUGUUACAUUUUGGCUUUUUAAAAUUUUAGAAUGGAAGUUAGUUAAAGCUCAAAACAGACUUUUCUUCUUUCUUUUAAGUUUAAUUCAGUUUUUUAGCAAAAUGAAGAAGUGGAUGGACAUGUCAAACCUGCCCCAGGAAUUCCGAGAGCGAGUUGAGAGGCUGGAGAGAAAUUUUGAAGUGUCAACUGUGAUUUUCAAAAAGUUUGAACCAAUAUUUUUUGAUAUAUUUCAAAACCCUUAUGAAGAAAGUUCCAAACCGCAUCGAAGCAGGAAGCAGAGACGGGUGCCGUGCAGCGUCAAAGAUCUCUUCAACUUCUGCUGGACUCUCUUUGUGUACACUAAGGAUCUUAAAAGGAGAUUGUCUCUUGGAUCUUUGCAACUUUACAGAAAAUAGCAAAACACUGAAUAAAGAGUAUGAAGAGUAUGUUCUGACUGUGGGUGACUUUGAUGAGAGAGUUUUCCUGGGAGCUGAUGCUGAAGAAGAAAUUGGCACUCGAAAAUUCCCUGCAGAUGUGCCAGGAGAGAAAACAGCAGCAAGAACUCACAUGGAGUGUCAUCUGCAGCAGCAUUUUGAAAAGAAAAGGUCAUUUGCACCUUCAACUCCACUGACUGGGAGAAGAUACCUGCGAGAAAAGGAAACUGCUGUCACUCCUGUGGCUUCAGCCACGCAGAGCGUGAGCCGUUUGCAGAGCAUGGUGGCUGGGUUGAAAAAUGCACCAAGUGAACAACUUACAGCUAUUUUUGAGUCUUGUGCCCGCAGCCCCUUGGAAAGCAUCAUGAGCAGAGUAAAGGAAAUUGGUGAGACCUUCUGUUGCAGCUACACUCAGUCAACAGAUGAGCAGCCAGGAUCUCACAUAGAUUUUGCUGUAAACAGAUUAAAACUGGCAGAGAUCUUGUACUAUAAAAUCUUGGAGACUAUAAUGGUACAAGAAACACGGAGACUGCAUGGGAAGGAUUUGACUGCUCUCCUGGAACAGGAUCUCUUUCACCGCUCCCUCCUCGCCUGCUGUUUGGAGAUUGUGCUCUUUGCUUACAGCUCCCCUCGCACCUUCCCCUGGAUCAUUGAAGUUCUUGACCUCAAGCCAUUCUAUUUCUAUAAGGUUAUUGAAGUGCUGAUUCGGUCUGAGGAAGGACUUUCCAGAGACAUGGUGAAGCACCUCAAUAGCAUUGAGGAACAGAUCCUGGAGAAUCUGGCCUGGACUCGGCACUCAGCACUCUGGGAUGCACUUGAGGCCUCAGAAAACAAAGUCCCAACCUGUGAAGAAGUAAUAUUUCCCAGUAAUUUUGAAGCCAGCAAUGGAGGAAGUGGGUUUGGGCACUUGCCCAUGAUGCCAUUAUCUCCCAUAAUUCAUCCUCGAGUGAAAGAGGUUCGGACAGAUCUUGGUGGGAGUUUAAGACGAGACAUGCAGCCAUUGUCUCCAAUCUCCGUUCAUGAGCGCUACAGUUCUCCUACAGCUGGAAGUGCUAAGAGAAGGCUCUUUGGUGAUGACAGCCCCAAAGAAAUCCGGAUGGAAAAAAUCUUAAUAAAAGGAACUAAGCUGACAAUUGCUCCGACAUCAAGCAUUGGUGCUGAAAACAUGUCAGUGUCUCCUGCCCAGACAGUGCUGACCAUGACAACCACUACAGGACCAGGAAAAGUGGGACAGAAGGUCACUAUUCCACUGCAUGGUGUUGCAAAUGACAUGGGUGGAAUCACCUUGAUCCCCAUUUCAAUUAAUUUAGGCCAGCCAUGUAAACUGGAUGCUCAGGCUCCCUGCCACCCUCCUGGGGAUCAAGCACAAGAAGUGCAGCUGCCAGCAGCCAGCAAACCAAAGAGAACGGGCUCUUUGGCACUGUUCUACAGGAAGGUGUAUCAUCUGGCAAGUGUGCGCCUGCGUGAUCUGUGCUUAAAACUGGAUGUUUCCAAUGACUUGUGCAGGAAGAUAUGGACAUGUUUUGAAUUCACAUUGGUUCAUUGUGCCGAUCUUAUGAAAGACAGGCAUUUGGAUCAGCUCCUUCUCUGUGCUUUUUAUAUCAUGGCAAAGGUAACCAAAGAGGAAAGAACUUUUCAGGACAUAAUGAAAAGUUACAGAAAUCAGCCACAGGCAAACAGCCAUGUUUAUAGGAGUGUCUUGUUGAGAAGUACUUCUGAUGAUGUUCCAUUGGACAAAAAUGCAAACCCAGAUAUGGAGAUGACAGAAGCUGGCAGUUCCUUGGGACGAUCUGCAGCAGAGAACUCAAGUGAGUCAGAAACAGAAGAGAGAGGAGAUCUUAUUAAAUUUUACAACACAGUCUACGUAGGAAGAGUAAAGUCAUUUGCACUGAAGUACGGUAUCACAAACCAGGAUCAUGUGAUGGAGGCGCCUCCACUGUCGCCGUUCCCCAGCAUCCGGCAGCAGCCGCUGUCUCCGCGGCGCAUCUCCCAGCAGCACUCCGUGUACGUGUCGCCUCACAAGAAUGGCACCUGCCUCACACCUCGAACUGCUCUGCUCUACAAGUUCAAUGGCAGCCCUUCCAAGAGUUUGAAGGACAUCAACAAUAUGUUAAAACAAGAUGAACACAGGAGUAAGAAGCGAGCAAUAACAAUUGACAGUGACACUGAAUCCCCCACAAAGCGACUCUGCCAGGAAAAUGAUGAUGUUCUACUAAAACGUCUGCAGGAUGUUGUCAGUGAAAGAGCAAAUCACUAAAAUCUUCUGUUCUCUGUGGGAUCUCUAAGUUACGGAGCUGGAUAUUUAUUUCUUGGUUUUGUAUAUAGACAAUUGUCAAGUUCCUUCAACGCUGAACUUUCAUCUGACUUCCACAGGAUGCAAAAAGUAAGAGUUAUGUAGGAAAUGCCAGUGAUCUCAUGCCCAAAGACCACACUGUGCUAUAACUUACUCUGAGCUGUUUUAGCAAAAGAGUGUUCUGUGAAAGCCAUAUUGGAUGUUCUCAAACCUCAUAUGGAGCAUCAUGAGUUGUGAGUGUAACUCAGCUUGUAAUACCAGUUUUAUUAUUAGAAUAAGAGUUAUAAAGAAAUUAGUGAAAUCAGUGAAGUUACCUCAAGCUUUUGAUAUUUGGAGAAGAAAUUUGCAAAGUGCCUUAUUUGAAAAGAAUAUGGAAUUUUAAACAUUCUUUUACUGUGGAGUAACUAGAAGGAGAAUAAAUUAAUUAUUUAGCCUCAGGAAGAGCUGUUUUGAACUGUCAGAACUUCUGUUAAAGUGUAUGUUGUGACAUGUAUCUGACAACUUUUGCAGUAACAAAGGCAAUAAUCUAAAAAUACAAAUAGUGGUGACUUAAGUUGGACUCUGGUAAAGCACUGAGGUACAGUUCUGUGAGCCCUUUCUCUUGAGCCAGUGGUGCUCCACAUUGGAAGCCACAGAGCAGCCUGCCCUAGAUGCUGCUCAUACACAUGGCAGCUCAUCCAUAAGGAAAUACAGUUAGCUCAAAUCAACAGCUAGGGUUUGGUCAUCCCAAAGCUGUUCAAAUGCACAAAUUCAUUUAAUAAAUUGAAUCUCUUGUUUUUUCCUGAAGACCUUUAGCCUCUUGUGUAGUAUCUACACUGGAUGUAAGCCCAUCACAUAAGGAGAUAUGUAUGUGUGAGGUUUUAUAGAAGGCUUGGGUUCACUGGAAAAGCAUAAAUUCCAGCAUCCAAUUCUUGUGACUGAGUUUUUAAUGCUAAGGAUUUGGUAGGGCCUAUUUUACCAAAAUGGAGAAAAGUCAGGGUUUAUUCAUUACUGUAAAUUAGUAGUUUGAUCUUAUUUUAUAAUUGUAUUUAAGGUUAGAGCCAUAGAGAAACUUCUCAGCGCUGUAAUUUUCAGUUUCUGUGUAACUGAACUAAAAAAAAAAAACUAUUACCUAGGACUUAGUUGAGGGGCUCUGUUCCCUUUAUUGGCUGGGUGGAUUAGUAUGUGCUGUGAGAUCCACAGCUCCAGAGAACACUGCCAUGAUUUUGAGUAGCCUCAGCUAAGGAAUUUAGCCAGCAGUGAUGAAAGAGAAAUUGAUUACUAAGUGUAGGUCUGCAGGGACGCUACUCAGCAAGGAGUAGAAAGUUUACAAACUUGGCUUUGAGUCAUUAACUACUUGGAAUAUUUGAUUUUUUUGAACUUUUUUACUUAAAAAAAAAGGUGCUUGCCCAGGGAGAGCUGCAGUAUGAGGAAAUGGCCAUGCAGUGGAAUAGGUUUCAUGUAGCUAUUUAAUUUCCUUUAAUUUUAUUCAAGUUUUAAUGUUUGUGUUCCGAUUUUGAGAUAAAAAGUGGAGGAUUGCAGCCUUUCUGCAAUACGAUAGGAAAUUUAUGGUUAGGCAUGACAGCACCAGUCUUUCCAUGGUAUUGUAUGAUGAGAGUUUCGUUGACAUGGUUUUAAUUCAAUAUCAUGUGCAAAUCUCCUGAUGUCUCUGCUCCCCACACUGUCACUGCCUUCUCUGACAGUAGACAACUGAUGGAGCCAAAAUCCUUUUCAGCUUUUGUUAUGUGUAGUGUUUUUUUAAUUAGGAAAAUGAAUGUACUACAACUAGAUGCAGUUCAAAAUUCUUCACCUUUUUAGGUGAUCUAAAAACUAUUUUGUGCUAAAACAAUAGCUUACAUGGAAAUUUUGUAACGGUUUCAAAGUGCCUUCACAUGUAAAUCUGUAUUUUAUAAUAAAUAACUAAAAAGUA